AUGACUACUUCAACACCGGCAGUAACGGGUUGGCCGGCGCCAAAAAGUGAGACCAAUGGAUCCGCUCAAUAUCUGACCAAAGAAAGCUGCCAAUCCCUAUGUAAAACGAUCCAACUGUAAGUCAAAGUUUCUUUCGUGUUAUGUUUUGAAAUUCAGAUAUCCCUUGACAAAUUACACAUUUGGAACAAAGGAUCCACAGUCAGAACGAGACAACUCGGUCCAAGCCAGAUUCCAGCGAAUGCGAGAGGAAUAUGAUCGAAUUGGGAUGCGCAGAUCAGUCGAUGCUGUUCUUCUUGUACAUGAGCACAAUCUACCCCACGUUUUGCUACUUCAGAUUGGCAGCACCUUUUUCAAAUUGUAAGUUUCUUCAUGAGUUUUAAAAUACUUGGAAUCUAGACCUGGAGGUGAACUAAAAGUUGGAGAAGACGAAGUAGAAGGCAUGAAACGGAUCUUAACAGAGACGUUGGGCCGAGACGAGAGUUCAAACUCGCAAUGGGUCAUUGAAGAUGUGGUGGCGACGUGGUGGAGACCAAACUUUGAUCCACCACGGGUAAGAUAAUAUUUCAAAAAUUUUGGCUGAUUUUUGAAUUAGAAAAUUGUGACAUGUUCGUAUUUUAGUAUCCUUACAUCCCUGCUCAUGUAACAAAGCCCAAGGAGAUUACGAAACUAUUUUUGGUUCAGCUUCCAGAGAAAGGUGGGUAGUAUAACAUAAUUUUAAUUGUCUAAUUUUAGCCCUCUUCGCUGUUCCAAAGAACUUUAAAUUGGUUGCUGCCCCCUUAUUCGAGUUGUUUGAUAAUUCAAAUGGCUAUGGAUCCCUGAUCUCUUCACUUCCCGUAAAUCUGAGCCGAUUUCGUUUCGACUACUUCAAGCCAGCCUCAAGUUCAUGA